AUGCAGGCUGUGCCGAGUCUUGUGGGAACCGGCACUGCCAUUGCGGCCGCCGCUGCUGGUCUGGUAUUUGGUCAGCCGUCAGAGUCGGAAGUGCCGCCGUGGUCCAGCCCGAACCCAGGAGUAUUUUCUGCCGACUACGAUGCCUUCGGCUCUCAAGCCUCGAGCGCGAGGCCUAACACGAGUGCCGCAGCUCUGCAGCAACGAUGCUCUUCACCAGUCCAGGAGUUUGCCUACGGCUCGUUUCGCCAGCUUGUCGACCCAACACCAAGUCCUCUGAUGUCCCCUACCACGGAAGCGGCUCAACCUCAGCGACCCGGCAGCGCCGUACCGGUCACAUCACCGAGAACUACCAGCGGGAGACAGUCCUUUCUUCGCCAAGAUACCAAAGAAUCAGUGCCGCGGCAGGAUGUAGAAAGUGCUCGCGACUCCGUGUCUUCUAGGGAAUCGUGGAUUCGGCGCUUCUCAUUACGCCCGAUCUCACAACACGGGAGCCCCAAGGUCAAGCAUGGGACCCGACUCGUCAUCCUUGACAUUCUCACAUGGCUCAGGUGUCCCGAUGCUUGGGCAACAAUCACUUGCCAGCUCGGCCCCCAACAAGUGUUGACCCUCCGGAGACCGGCUACUAGCCACCAACGGACAGCAACCAUGCAGCAACAAUCACAACUGCAAGGUAACUCGGUUGACCCUCCGCCUUCCGCUGGAGCUGGGGCCGGGCCCAAGUUUUCAUAUGAGCCUUCGAGUGUCCCAGAGACAGAAACACCAACGUCUUCAUCAUUUGGCGGCUCUAAGCGUUCCUCCAGCAGAUGGACGUCGUUUUUUCAUGCUCGGCGGGCGGCGGGCCUUGGUCGUGACGCUUCAGGACUUACGAGUGGACAGAGCGCUAAGCUCGCUUCCCUGUUCCCCAAAAGACGAGUGUCUCUAACCCCAGGCCAUGUUUCUCGAGCAUACCUCACCAAGGCAGAUUGCAUAACAGACAUUCCUGUGUUUGUGGAUGAAGCUGAGCAGCAGGAAGAAGAUUUCGGGCACAUCGAGGACCUAGAGGUUCUGCAGAGUCCAGUCAACCCCACCGACUCGCCCGAAACAUCUUCCGAGAAGCGACCGAAGAGGUCAAUGUCGAUGCAUUUUAGUUCAGCCCAAAACUGGAUCGCGAGAACCUCGAGCGUUCGGCGUCCUAGAAGGAGUACCGUUGACGCCAAGGGCGGAAAUGAUAAUCGAUAUGCGACCGCCGACCUGGCCGGCAUGCUUCGCGACCCAAUGCAGUCUCCGGGCAGCCCAACCACACAAGAAAUUGUUGUGCCACCCAACUACCAGCCGCAAGCACCACAGCUUGAGCCUGCACCAACCCUCUCGGAUGCUCCACGGAACCGCAAGAGAAAUUCACCCUCUCCUCUUCCGCCAUUAAACCGUCUAUCCAGCUUCAACAUCGACGUUUCACGACUUGGGCUGUCAAGUUCUUCCUCUUCCACACCGCCUCCAAGAUCAUUCCAUACCCCGAUAAACUACAUGAACGGCUCCCAGAACCCUCCUGCUCCCACACAUAGCCGAGGUCCUUCGGGGGAACGAUCAAUCACGCUGGCAGGCUCCGACUUUGAGGUCCACGAUGCAGAUGACGAAGACACAGAUGUCCGGAGUGAUGCCUACGAUUCCUUCCGCACCAUCGCCUCUUCCAGUCGGGUUCGGUCUGUUGAGACACCGCUAGACUCGAUGUUUGAUGAAUCGCCACCGAGCACUGCCAGCAACGGCAAAACCAAGAGGUUAUCGAUUCAAGAGAUGCUGGGACGUGGAUGGGAUGGCGAAACCAAGAUCACUGAAGAGGAAGACAGUGCAGCCACGCCUGUUCGGAGCACUCACCUGGAUGGCACAACAAAGCCGAUCAAGUUGGACGGGUUUGGCUAUGGUGGUCAGGGAGGUCUGAUGCUGGUACACCGAGAGUUUGCGGCCAGGUUAUCUUUUGAUGAUGACGACGACGAUGACUGGGCACGAGACGACGAUAACACUUUGAGCAAUCAUCUUUCGCCACCGAGCUCGACGAAUUCGAGACGUGUCAGUCCGACACUUCGGCAUGCGCUCAAAAAUUUGGGUGGGAAUGGGAGCCCCGAUCUGUCUCGUGAUAGUAUGAGCGACCGGCCGAGGAGCAGCAUAUUUGACUGGUCAGAACCAUCGAUCCAUGACAAGCUCGAUUCCGAUACAACCCGACCCAAAACGGUUCAUGGGAAGCAGGAGAUGGAUUUGAGGAUUGGUCGUUCGACAAGUCGGAAAGCCCCGAAAGCCGGGCAUGUACGGAGCCAGAGCGUUCCUGUUGUUCCAGAACCUACUGAUGAAUCCAAACCGCCUCCAAAGUUUGGAACAUGGGGGCUGAGUACAAAGAAUGCCAGCGAGGACUGGGAUGAUGAUUUCGUUUUUGACGAAACCCCGCUUGAUACGACCGGAGGAAAGGACUCUAGCACGAGUUUUAUGGUCGUUCCCCCGUCGAUUCAAGCCAGUCAGCCGAGUGUAAAAGCCCAUUCGGGUCAAAUACGGGAACUUUCCUUGCUCGUCAAUGACUUGAAACGACUAUGCCGCCAUGGCAAAGACCUCAACAUUAUUCACGGGGCCAUACAACCAAAAUGGGUCGAGGCGGAAAAUAUUAUUGCCCUGGCAUCGCCCGAUGAGGACGAAGCUGAUGAGUUUGGUUCAGUCAAGUUGUCACUGGACUUUGAUCGAGAUGAUCUUGAUGAGAUUGAUGAACGUUUUAUCGACGAGGGGUUUGAUGGCUCCAUGCUUGAUGACAUUAACGAUCCUUUCGAGAUUCCCGAGCCGCAGAUGAUGACCCGGACGACAGUGGUACGAGAACGAGCGACUGUCCGAAGACGGUCGGUGUUUUCGCCUGACGACGAUAUUUUCGGCGGUCAGUGGCCACUGCCCGACGAGCCGCUUAAGCCUCCACGACCACGAACACCAGACGGUUCGGUAAGCCCCAAUGGGAGCUCUGCCGUUCUGGCCACCGUGAUCCAGGCAAUGCAGCAACAGCGGUCUACUUCCGAUCCCAUCGCCGCCACCGCCACCAAGACCCAAGACACCAAGCUGUUCUUUGACACAAACAGUCUCCAAGAGCUGGUGAAGAGGGCUGGUCACCUGCGAGACUCGCUGUCGGAUGCAGUACGCAAAGCUGAACUGCUUACCCAAAGCCCGGCCACCACUCCUCGUCGUGAGCGACUUUCGCAUCUCAAUCUGGAUGGCAGCCCAGCCUUUACGCGAGUCUUUUCGGAUCCUGCUGCGUCUAGUCCACCCAGGAGGCUUCCAAAGAGUCACAGCAGCAACUCUAUCUUGGGCAGGGGGUCUGCUGACUCGCCUCGGAUGCAGAUGAUGAUCGUGAGCUAG